AUGUCUGAUUCUUCUCUCACGAUUCUUCUCGUUGGUAACGGUGGCCGUGAGCAUGCUCUUGCUUGGAGACUCGCUCAGUCUCCUUCUGUCAAGACUAUCUACGUUGCUCCUGGCAACGGUGGUACCGCCAAUGGAUUGGACAAGGUUCAGAACAUUGAUAUUAGCAGCGGCGAUUUCCCUAAGUUGGUUGAGUUUGCCCAAAAGAACGAUGUCAAUUUGGUUGUUCCUGGUCCCGAGCAGCCUUUGGUUGACGGUAUUGAAACCUACUUUAGAAAGGUUGGUAUUCCCACUUUUGGUCCCUCUGCUAAGGCUGCCGUCAUGGAGGGCUCCAAGACCUUUUCUAAGGAUUUCAUGGCUAAGCACAAUAUCCCUACCGCUGAGUUCCAGAAUUUCACCGACUACGAAAAGGCCAAGGCUUACAUUGCCUCGGUUAACCACAAUGUUGUCAUCAAGGCCUCUGGUCUUGCUGCCGGAAAGGGCGUUUUGAUUCCCCAGAACAAGGAAGAGGCUUACGCGGCUCUUAAGGAGGUCAUGGAGGACCGUGCUUUUGGUGAUGCUGGUGAUGAAGUUGUCAUUGAGGAGUUUCUCGAGGGUGAUGAACUUUCCAUUCUUGCCUUUUCUGACGGUUAUACUAUUGUCGAUCUCCCCCCUGCCCAGGACCACAAGAGAAUUGGCGAGGGCGACUCUGGCUUGAACACUGGUGGUAUGGGUGCUUAUGCUCCUGCCCCCAUUGCCACCCCUAAGAUUUUGGACGAAAUUCGUGAAACCAUUCUUAAGCCCACUAUUGCUGGUAUGAGAAAGGAUGGGUUCCCCUUUGUCGGCAUUCUCUUCACCGGUAUUAUGCUUACCAAGAAUGGUCCCAAGACCCUUGAAUACAAUGUCAGAUUUGGUGACCCCGAGACCCAAACUGUUCUCCCCCUUCUGUCCAAGGACACUGACCUUGCUCAGAUCUUCCUUGCCUGUGCUGAAGGCCGCCUCGACUCUAUUGAUAUUAAGAUUUCUCCCGGCUAUGCCGCCACUGUGGUCAUGUCUGCUGCCGGUUACCCCGAGUCUUACAAGAAGGGCGAUGUCAUUACUGUCGGCCAAGUUUCUGAAAACAACUACAUUUUCCACGCUGGCACUGCCAUUAAGGAUGGCAAGAUUGUGACUGCUGGUGGCCGUGUCAUUGCUUCUUCUGCUACUGCUCCUACCCUCGAGGGUGCCCUUAAGCUUGCUUAUGAGGGCGUUGACAAGGUCAACUUUGAAGGCAAGUAUUUUAGACGCGAUAUUGCACACAGAGGUCUCCGUGACUUGAAGCUCAUGGGUGAUGCUCAGACCGGUAUCACUUAUGCUCAGGCUGGUGUUGAUGUUGACGAGGGCAAUCGAUUUGUUGAGCAAAUUAAGGCCAGUGUUCGUUCCACCAAGAGACCCGGUGCUGACGCCGAAAUUGGUGGUUUUGGCGGCAUUUUCGAUCUUAAGGCUGCUGGCUACCAGGAUGCUCUUUUGGUUGGUGCUACCGAUGGUGUCGGUACCAAGCUUAUUAUUGCCCAGUCUACUGGCAUUCACAACACUGUGGGCAUUGAUCUUGUUGCCAUGAGUGUCAACGAUCUUAUUGUCCAAGGUGCUGAGCCCCUCUUUUUCCUCGAUUACUUUGCUUGUGGCAAGCUUGACAGCAAGACUGCUGCCGACUUUGUUUCCGGCGUUGCUGAGGGCUGUGUGCAGUCUGCAUGUGCGCUAAUUGGCGGUGAGACUGCUGAGAUGCCUGGUCUUUACAGCGAAGGCGAUUACGACUGCAACGGUACUUGUGUUGGUGCUGUUGAGAGAACCAAGGUUCUCCCCAAUCUUGAUGCCUUUGCUCCUGGCGAUGUCAUUCUUGGUCUUGCUUCAUCUGGCGUUCACUCCAAUGGCUUUUCGCUUAUUAGAAAGAUCCUCGAGGUUUCCAACUUGUCCUACAGCGACAAGGCUCCCUGGACAUCCGAGAACAAGACUGUGGGCGAAUCGCUACUGACGCCUACCAGAAUUUACGUCAAGUCGCUUUUGCCUGUUAUUAAGAAGGAUUUGAUCCUUGGUCUGGCCAACAUCACUGGUGGUGGUCUUAUUGAAAAUGUCCCCCGUGUUUUGCCCAAGCACCUCAACGCCAACAUUGACGUCACUUCUUACCAGGUCCCUGAGCUUUUCAAGUGGUUUGCCAAUGCUGGUAAGGUCCCUGUUGCUGAUCUCGGUAAGACUCUCAAUAUGGGUAUUGGUAUGAUUGCCAUUGUUAAGCCCGAGAAUGUUGCUGCCGUUACCGAGGAACUCACCAAGGGUGGUGAGGCUGUCUUUGAGAUUGGCAAGCUGGAGGCUGGUGAGCAGAAGUGUGUCUUGACCAACAUUGACAACUGGAUCAAUUAA